AUGCAGCUGUAGGACAACACGGAGUAAGAUCGUCACAUCAGAGUGUGUUUCAGUGAGUGAGAGCGACGAUGGCGUACUAUCCGUACUACCCGAGUAGAAUGAGGGAUUUUCGCGUCAGUUCCCUUCUAGAGGGAUGCCCCCAGUUUAUAGCUGGCACUGCGCCGUCCAUUCCAAACAGUUUGAAUUCGAAUUCGCCGUAUAUUUACCCCCCGUAUCACCCUCAGCAGUUGGCCAACAAGCCAACUCACUUCGGGCUGAGCGCUGGCAUUGCUUCAGGGCCUGCCCCACAACAACAACACAUGCCUGUACAUGGCGAACCCGACAUGGAGAAUAUUGAAAUCUUGCUGGAUAAUAAAGACCUCUGGCAGAGCUUUCACGCCGAGAAGACAGAGAUGGUCAUUACCAAGGCAGGACGGAGAAUGUUCCCACCUAUUAAAGCUCGCAUCUCAGGGCUAGAUCCUCGGGCAAAGUACUUUUUCUUGCUGGACAUAAUUCCCGCGGACGAUUGCAGAUAUAAGUUUCAUAAUUGCCGAUGGAUGGUCGCUGGAAAAGCGGACCCAGAGCUUGACAAACCACUUUAUAUUCAUCCCGACUCCCCAAGUACAGGCGCCCAGUGGAUGCAAAAAACGAUCUCUUUCCAUAAAAUGAAACUGACCAACAACAUCGCUGAUAAACAUGGAUAUACAAUUUUAAACUCGAUGCACAAAUAUCAGCCAAGAAUUCAUAUAGUACGAGCCGACGAUGGUUACAAAUACCCACUAAAUCAGCCUUUCAAGACAUUCACCUUUCCUGAAACAACCUUUAUCGCUGUCACGGCCUACCAAAACGAAAAGAUAACUCAGUUGAAAAUCGAUAACAACCCCUUCGCGAAGGGUUUUCGCGAAGAAGGGGCUGGCCACCGAAGAAGGAUGGAGCGAAGGCGAAGAACAGAAUCGACUCACGAGGACGAUGAAGAUGAUAAUAACAGCGAUGAUGGAGAACCCAACGGAGGUGUCGAGCACACAGGCCCGUCCGGUCAACACCCUGAAAAUAGGCUGGUUGAACAUGCAGAUAACACGGCGUCAGAAACCCAACCUACCGAAGACGUCAAGCCUGUACUUCACCACUCCCCUGUGGGAAAAAAUUCGUCCUUCGGCCACUCCCCUGUGGGAAAAAAUUCGUCCUUCGGCCACUCCCCUGUGGGAAAAAAUUCGUCCUUCGGCGGUCUACUCGGCACGACCCAAUCAAGCAGCAGUAAACAUCAUGGUGCAGGCAUCCACCCCCCCACGGGCAACGAGCAUCACCUCAACGACUACAACUACCCCACAACAGUCCAUCUACCGGAAAACACAAAACCCCUACACCUCCCCCUAGAGGGCGAGUCUAGUAGUAUGGGUGGACAUAUGCCGCAGCCCCCGCGCCUCAAGGCACCGUCGGCUCGCUCAUUACACAUGGACAUGAGGUUUAGCCCUUACUCGCGCCCGCCAUACGGGCUGAACAGCGUGUCACCUGCAUUUCUGCCUAGCCAUGGUCACAUGUACCCCCCAGGAUCUAUGGCCCAUGCCUCCGCGGUCUACUCAGCAUGCCAGGUUACCCAGCCCAACUACCCGUCAUGCUCUGCGAGUAACCAGUUUGGAUACCCCGCUGGGAUGUCGACCGCUAGUAUGGUGGGCUCAAUUGACACUGCUAGCCAUAGCCAUAACCAUUCAAGUUCGGACCUACAUAAUUUGGACGUUCCUCCUACGGAAAGGGUCCCUCUUAUGGUUGGUACACGGGAGCACGGACCUGCUCACUAGUGCUCCUCGAGGCCCUCUCCCGGGUAAACAUAAUUAUUAGAGUUUCAACUAGAGGAUGCCAUCCACUAAUGCAACUAGAGAUUCAGGGCAGUAGUAGUUAUCAAGGGUAAUAGGUUCUUUCGUAUUUUUCUUCUUCUAUUUUUUUCGACGGGUAAUUUUGUCUUGCUGGCAAUCGAUGAAUUACUCGAAAGUUAUUUUUUAGCAAAUUCAAAAACAAAAAUUUGCCGUGCAAACGUUUUUGUGGGAGUGUCUAAGUUCACUUCCAAUUAAUUGUGUUUUAUUUGCAAUUCUGUAGUAAUAUUGAAAAAUAAUAACCCUUAUGGUAUCUCUCAGUUAUAAGACAUUUAUUGUACUCAUACUGCUAACGACGUCUCAUAACUUGUAUAAUAGCCAGUUCUUCUCACUUGGAAAUUAGCGACAACAGUGUUCGUUCCAAGCUGUGUUCUUAUAAGGCUCUCUCCGCGGCCAAAAAGAAAAAAAAAGCAAAGUAAGAAGCAUUGGCGAGAUAUCAUAUUGGACAAUGGACCGCAUCGAUGCUCUUACCACAUGUACUUCUUGCUCCUUCAAAAUGCCAUAUUAUUUACGUAUUCUAAUACGAAGUUUAUGGGUCAUUAUUUUGAAGAAACAGACCAGGAAUGAAAACUUUAAAUGACUGCCAGUACUAAACAUCUGAAGUCUUUGGGAUAUAAGGCACGAAAUAUAUAUUUACAAAAACUCAGAUGAAAUAUAGUUAAAGAUUUUAGAGCUGUUUUAUUGGAAAACCGGCUAUUUGCAGUGACUUUAGGCAAUUUAACACGUGGCUCAUAACAUUAGCCUCAUUAGGCUCAUAACAAUAGACUUUUCCCAAACAGGUCGCUUAGUAUUGCAAUGAUCGGCCCAGUUGUGUUUAUAAUGUAUGUUAUUUGUUCGAUUCCAUAAGCCAGGCACACCCCAGCCAUGGGAGGCCAUUGCAGAAAUAUAAAUAAAAUAAGUUUUCUAAAAACAAAAACUCUGGGCAAGAAAAUGGCUGAACGGGAAUUUCUACUUGCGAAAACGUUUCUUUGAACCAUUUUCUUUCUCUAAAAGUUUGAUAGAAUAAAUUUGAUAAUAUAAUUUUGUGUAUCGAUUUAUUUAAGACGCCCUGAAUAUAAGCAAGAAUAUUGUCUUCGCUAUUUACUUGAAGGUUUAUCAUAAGACCAGAAUAAAAUAUAUAUAUAUAUAUAUAUAUAUAUAU